AGUUGCUUAAAAAUAUCCGCUUGAGGCGGUCGCGUUCGAAUGUGAAUUGUUGUGGUUUAAAAAUUUUACGAUUUUAUUUAACCGCUUCCAAAAUAAUCGUGUUUUAAAGAAUCAUUUACAUAUAUUUAUUCAGAUUUAGAUUUCAUUAAUUUUGCUGUAUAGAACUAAAUAUUAGGUGAUGUCUACAAUAGGUACACCCCGAAUGGAUCGAUAUCGGUGACUUUGAGUUUGUUAUUUUUUACGUUACGAAAGGGGGUGGUUGAAGAUGGAGAAGUCCGCAAGACCGCGGACUGCUCUCAAUGAGUGCGUGAAGGUGGUGGUGCGAUGCCGCCCGCUUUCACAAAAGGAGAAGAACGAGGGUUACGAGGAGGUGGUGAAGGUGUGGCCGGAGCGCGGUGCGGUGCAGGUCUACAACCCCAAGGGCGAGGACAAGCUGUUCACAUAUGACGCUGCGUACGACUGUACUGCAGACACGCAGACCAUCUACGAUGAGAUGGUGCGUCCACUGGUCGCGUCGGUGCUCGACGGCUUCAAUGGGUGCGUGUUUGCGUACGGGCAGACUGGCACGGGCAAGACCCACACGAUGGAAGGGACGCCGGACGACGAGGGCAUCAUCCCGCGCGCGUUCCGCCACCUGUGGGCGCACAUCGAGAACACCGCCUCGCCCGACGUUACCCACCUCGUCUCGUGCUCCUACGUCGAGCUGUACUUGGAGGACGUCAGGGAUCUGCUGUCCAAGGACUGUAAGAAGCUCACGAUUAGGGGGCAGGAGCUGAACGGGUUCUACAUCCCGGAGAUGACGUCAGUUGUGUGCCGGUCCGCGGCGGACAUGGUGCGAGCGAUGCGUGCAGGCAACCGGCACCGGGCCGCCGGCCGUACCGAUAUGAACGAGCACUCAUCCCGCAGCCACGCCGUCUUCCUAGUCACUGUGGAAACCGCUCACCGAGCCACCAAACGAAUACGGGUGGGCAAGCUGAAUCUGGUGGACUUGGCUGGCAGCGAACGACAGCGUAAGACUGGUGCGUCUGCGGACCGGUUGCGUGAAGCCUCACGUAUCAACCAAGCUCUCUCCUCCCUCGGCAAUGUCAUCUCCGCACUCGCAGAAAACAGUCCGCAUGUUCCUUACAGAGAUUCGAAGCUGACGCGGAUCCUACAGGACUCGCUGGGCGGCAACAGCAAGACUAUAAUGAUCGCCAACAUCGGACCCGCUGCUUAUAAUUACGACGAAACUAUCACCACGUUGCGAUAUGCACACCGCGCCAAAGCUAUCAAAAAUAAACCAGUUCGAAACGAGGAUCCGAAAGAUGCGAAGCUGCGCGAGUACCAGGCGGAGAUCGAGCGGUUAAGAGCGUUGAUAGAAGAGCGUCGCGCUGCCGACAAACGUCCCAAGAAAGCACCGCGGCCCAAACAACCGCAAACACAGCAACCUGAUAACUCCGAAGAAGACACAGUUAGUAUUGAACAUGAACAUAUUCUAGCAGAAUCCACAAUAGAACAAGAGAAAUGCAAGACUGAAGAAUUAGAACAGCUAAUAAAGUCUUUGGAAGAUCGGCUAGUGCAAGGCGGUGGCGGGAAGGAUCUGCUCAAUAAUCUUAAUGAAACUCAAAUAAUCCUGGAACAAAGAAAUAUGGAAAUCGCCGAACGAAAAAAAAGAGAAGUUGAAAUGCAACAGAAAAUAGAUUUAGAAGAGGAAACCACUGCCAUAGUCACCAACACCUUCGCAACGCUGCAGCAAGAAGUUGACCAUAAAACGCAAAGGUUGAAGAAGUGCCUGUCGAAGUACGCGUGCCUGCGCGAGGAGAUGGUGGAGCAGCGCGAGGCGCACGACGCGGAGCGGCGCGAGCACGAGGCGCUGCAGGCGGCGCUGCUGGCCGCGCUGCGCCGCCGCCUGCUGGUGGCCGACGGCUUCGUGCCCGAGGCGGGCCGCGCGCACGUGCUGCGCCUGCGCUACAACGACGACGCGGACGCCUGGCAGCUGCCGCCGGCGCGACACAGUGGCGUGGAACCCUUGACGGAACGACCGCUGGCGAGCGGUGCGCGGCGACCCAUGUGCACGCUGGCGCUGGGCCCAGCGCCGGCGCGGCGCCGCGCGGAGAACCUGCUGGACCUGCAGCCGCUGCCGCUGCCCGCCACCGCGCGCCGCUACACGCCGCCACCGCCGCGCGCGCCGCGCCCUCAGGUGGCAGUGGCAGUGGCAGAUACGGUCAAGAAGGAGGAGGUGCGGCGCGGCGGCGGCGCGCGCGCGCGGCCUGCCACCGCUGCCACCGCGCACACGCGCCUCGGCACCGCCGCCACCGCCGGCGUGCGCUAGCCCAGAGAAAUUCGCCAUUCACCAACUACCAAUCAAACGAGUUCCUGAAGCAUGUUAUUAAAUUGUGAAUGUGAUUUUAUAUUAUGUUGAAAUCUUCAAUCGAAACGAUAAAGUCUCCUCCCUUAAAUACGAAAUCUUGCCCGAAAGCGGCUCCGCACGCAAUACAUGCGGCAUUGCGUGCCGCGAGGCGCCGCCACCGAGUGUCUUAUACUACGUGCUCGCUCGCCUUGUUACUGGAUAUUUUGUACGAACUGAUAUUAAUACCGCAUUUCUAUAUUUAAAAACGAUUCGUUUUCUUUUACGAGCUGUUUUGCAGUAAAUGAAGUGCAUGAAAAGCCCAUUUUUAAAACCAAAGAGCAGUUCAACUAUGAAUGAACCGUUUAAAGCUUUUUUUUUUCAUUUUAAGUUGUCUUAAGUUACUGAAUGAAUAGUUUGUAGUAUAAACUAUUCAUUCAGCAACUUUAUUUACAUGCACCUCGUAUGUAAUGAAACAGAUCGUUACGGAGAACGAACGUUUCUUGAAUAUAGGAAUCGGGCAUAAGAAUGAAACGCUUACCAACGCUUCGAAUAUCGCUGCUGGACAGUCUGAAGCUAUAUUCAAAUUGAUCGGUCCCAUAUUUUUAUGCUGUUAGAGAUGUGGUACUUUAGAUGAGUAUAGAAAUAAAAAGGUUCUAUAAAUAUAUGUAUUCAAAUACUAAUAAAAUUUAAAUCGAACAAUGAUAGUAUCAAUGACUUAGUUAUAAUAGUGGAUAUUAUUUUAAACUAAGAGUUUAUAUAUAAAAUUUAAAAAAUAUUAAAUUGAUUGAUACUACCUAUGUUCGAUGUUUUAGAACUAUGAAAGUACCUAAGCAGUACUAAUAGAGUCUACCAAUGAUUUUUAAUGACAAAUGGAGUGUCUUUUUCUCUGAUAGCAUAUGUAUACGGUCCCUACUUGUGACACCGUAGACCUGGACAAUAACUUCGAAACGGUUCUGAAGUUAUACAUAUUAACUAUGCUUAAUUUAUUAAUGUAAAAUUGCAGAAAAUAAAAAAAAACUGAAUUGUUAUUAUACAGGGCCACGUUGUCCAAUCUACGGUGUAACAAUUAAAUAGGCUUGUUUACAUUGUUUCGCGUUGUGUGCACCGAGACCGAUCGUGUAAAUAGUCCAUAUAGAUAUAAAAUGUAUUAUUAUCGUAACAUAGAGUGGUCACAAAUCCCGGUGAGUCACCGAAGGACGGUGUUAAUGAUCUCAAUUAUUCCAAUUCUUAUUAUUUGCGAGAGCAAUAUCAUUUGUAUUUAUAUUGAGAAUUAAUUUUAUCCGAGCCGAGCAUAUAUCGAUUUGUGGUAAUGUCGAUAUCGAUAAUUCCAGUUUGUUAUAAUCUACGUUAUCAAUAUCAACGUUAUGGACCAAGUGAUUACCAGUGAAAUCGGGAUACUUUAUUAAUACCAAUGUAAACUUCAUUAUUUAUCACAUUGUCUGGUCAUAACCUAACCUAACAUAUUAUAUUUUUGAAUAUGUAACAGAAUUUAUUCAUAAAGCCCGUUCAAUUUAAUUAUAUCAACUUUUUUGCCUACAUCCACAUAUUGGACAUUUUUCAAACAUGAAUAAUUCCCUGUUAAUCACUUGGUCCACAACAAUAAUAUCACACUAACUGUCUUAUCAUAUAUAAAUUCUUAUUUGGCUGGAUGUAUUGCAGCCAUUGCCACAAUAAAUUUAAAAAAAUAGAUUUAAAUCAAACCGGAUUAGGUAGGCAUUCAAUUUAAGGAACGAAUACAAUUUUUAAAUUUGAAUAAAACCACAGAUUAGCGUUUUGUUUUAUAUAAUCUGUGACUAAAGUUAAACUUUUUUUCUAAAUAAAUCUAUUGAAUUUAUCCUCGUCGACGCUCGACGAAGUGCUUGGAUUCUGAAUAGUAACGGAUAGGUUACUCUCUCAAAUCUCAUAUGAAAUGCUUAAAAAUGUUUUGUAUCCGAAUUUUUGUUUUAGUCAGUUUAGGUUGUCGUUUCUUUUAUAUGAGUUUUAUUUUACCAUUGUUGUUUUUAGUAAAUUUUAUUUGUGCUUCGAUCGCUUUGUGUGUUGAAGCAAGUGAUAUUAGAUAGUUUGUUAUAGUUGUAGACGUAAAAACUACUGAAGGUAAAUUAUAUGGAUCGCGUUCGAAAAAUUGCAGCGUAGUGCUUGGGUGUAGAUAGGGUUAGAAAACGAUUUUAUACCAAAAAUAAAGUUAUGUAUUUCAAUAGUUUAAACCGGUUUCAUGAACUACCAAAGUAACCAAAUAUUUGCCAUAUCUGUAUUUUACAUACCUAUUUUAUGCCAAAUAGAUCUUGUAUAGUUUUUGUAGACUUAAUGUUUAUCUUUAUUUCAUAAUAUAAAAGUUGUUUAGUAGCUUUAUUUCAAUAUAUUCCAUAUUAUGUGAUUAAAGUGCCCUUAAAGAUAUCAGAAAGAAAUUGGGCAUCGAUAGUGAAAAUGAACGCCUGUAGAACACACCCUAACUAUGCCCAUGCUAGUGUAUAUAAAAGACGCUCUGAGGGGCAAGCCAGGUUAACUCUCUACCAUCUUCAACGCUAAUAGAAACCUAUAGAUCUAUAUAAAUAUUAUACAUAAAUCAAAUAAACGUGAAGUAACGUGACACAGUCACGACUUUUUGAGAUAUGUUAUUUCCAUUCAUUUUCGUAGUUUUCUAUGAACGUCAACGAUUGUAGAAUUAAUCUUGACUAACCCCGAUGGUCUCAAUGCGUCCAAAUAAGAUCCAUGGUGUUUAAUAUAAGCGAGUUACCAAAGAUGGAAACAGUCCAUUCCAUUCGUCUUGUCUCAGGAGCCUUAAUCGACCAUGUUCCUCAUGUAUAAAAACAUUAUUGGAUUUAUUAAUUAGCUCCAGACACGGUUUCUAGUCAACGGUUCUGUAUACAAGCGUGUAAAUAUUAUUGUAGGUAUUUAAAAAGUAUAUUAUAAUAUAGUGUAGUGUAACAUUCGCACAAUACUUUUUGAAUACCACGAAAUCACUGCCACCUCGGUGUUGCAGUCCACGUUAAAUUGUACCUUACGUGUUUUAUUUAAAUCAUGAAUUAAAAUGUCUAUUAAUUGGGAACCAACUGGUGUAUAUUAUAUUGCGCAUAUUAUAUGUUAUUUAUAUAUAAAACUGAAUUGGUUUAAUGUAUAAAUUUGAAAAGAAAUCAUGUGAUAUGUAUUUGGAAACCGCUAGUCAGCUGUGCCGCGAACGCGCUUUUACUCACCAAUAAAACAUUUUUAAUUU